AUGUCCAAGGAAAAUCCUAAAGCUGGGAAAGAUAUCUUCUGGACGCCAUUUGUGCCGGCCCUCUACGUCGGAGCCGCGACAGGAGCUUGUGGUGCGGCAUACGGCGGCGUCGCGGGCACUCUCAUCCAGACUACGAAUCCACUGGCCUAUACCGCAUUUUCUGCAACACAAUGGUUCUGUGCUGGCACCACCUUUUUCUAUUGCCGGAGUUUGUUGCUGGCAGGUGCUUUGAACCGGGAUAAUGAUCUGCACAAGAUCGCCGCAAGUAGCAUUGCAGGCUCAUGUUCAGGAGUAGUAUUUGCAAACUUCUUGCCUCGAGGAAGCCUCUUGACCGGUGGCAUCAUGUUCGGAGUGAUCGGAGCUCUGACUCAAGCAGGAUUGAAUACCACGCAUGGCACUACAUCUAUUACCCAGCUCUCAUCACGUCUAAGGAACGGCUUCGCUGCUUUUUCUCCCAUGAAAUCUCUGUCCGACAAAGAGUAUGAGGACUUGCUUUCAGAGAAACUUCUGAGAGUCGAAGCGGAAAUUGCUGUAUUGGACGAUAAGAUCGCAACCCUAAGGGCUGCAAAGGACAAAGAUGUCCAGCUUCAGUACCAGGAGCCUAAAAGCCGUCCAACCUGA